AUGGGGGCCAGCGAAUUGACCAACAAAGUGUCGUUUAGUAUCGAGAGGCUGCUUGCACCGAGCGAUACCACGAGACAGAGAGAAACAUCCUACCACUGCGAUGCCGAUGACGAUGCGCAUCGUCGCUUCGCUACUCACAGAAUUCUUCGGGACUGCAAUGAUUGUCCAGAAGUCAACAACUCCAGUGAAGAAGAUACUCGUCGAACUUCAAACCAGUCGAAUUUAUCGAUGAACGCUGCCGAGGAGAGCGAUUUUCACGAGAGCGAGCUAACAAUGCCGGGCUGCUGUUCGACGUCACCCGAGCCAGAAAUAAAUUUCGGUAACCAUGGAAUUGAAUUUUCCAACUUUCAGUUGCGAAAUUACGGGGCGAACUCGACGUCGGCCCUGGAAUUGAGCGAUCGUGACUUGCCGGAAAGGAGCUCGAGUGCCACGAGCGACGACGACAGGAAAAAACGACCACGCACCGCCUUCACGGCGGCCCAAAUCAAAUCGCUCGAGGCUGAAUUCGAGAGGAAUAAAUAUUUGAGCGUCGCCAAGAGACUGCAGCUCAGCAAAGCUCUUAAGCUCACGGAAACUCAGAUAAAAAUAUGGUUUCAAAAUAGACGGACUAAGUGGAAACGAAAAUAUACCAACGACGUCGAAUUAUUGGCUCAACAAUAUUAUUCCAGCUUAGGAAUUCAUGCACCAAGACCGAUGUUCGUAGGCGAUCGAUUGUGGUUUUUUAAUUAUCCAAACCAUGUUCAACCGAGUACAUCUAUUUUACCGUCGCAUUUUUCUACUAUUGCCUCAUCAGCGAAUGUACCUUCUACCUUACCGGUAAUUCAGCCUUUACCAAGCAACUUAUCUAAUGGGCCACAUGUAUUUCAAAACAAUUCCACGAGCCAAGCAGCUUAUAAUAUAACAAGAAGAUUAGAUUACAGGCACCAACAUUGAAUAUGAGCAUUAAUUAUUU